GAUAUUGGUGGUGAAUCUAAAUAAAAGAAAGGGGGCUUCCCCACUGCAGAAAAACUGGUGUGUGCGGAUCCAUAAUUGUGGAAUUGCUGUUGCUGAGGGGCCUUGUCGUGUCAGCGGAUAACCAGCACCACUAGAGCAGCGAAAGAUGAAAGGGCGCGGAUAUGAAUGAGAAGACAUGGCUAGAGAAGUGUGCGAGUCCGAGUGAGGAGGACAAGAUGCCGAGUCCGCACAAGCUGACAGGCCCAGAGGAGGAUGAUUCCUCAUCAGAGAGCUGUAAUGGAAAUGUAUUUUCCUUACUGAAUUCGUCCACCACUUUGGCCAGUGUUGCCCAUGAUGGAUCCCUGCCUGACAUUAAUGGGAAUUCCACUAAUUCGCUUCUGAAACUCAGUGCAACUUCUGAAGAUCAGCCCAUCAAUCUGAGCGAUAAGAUCCAUUCAUCUCUAGGUGUCCCACCUUAUACAUCUGACAGUGAUGCACUACGAAACCGUGCAAAAUACACUCUGAAAGCCACCUCAGAGUCCCCACCUUACAGCUCUGGAAGUUAUGACUCCAUUAAGACAGAAGUGAGUGGCUGUGCAGAAGAUCUGAGUGUUAGUAGGACUCCUGCAGGAGAUGACGAUGAUGAUGAUGACCAUGAAGAUAACGAUCGUAUCACAGACUCAGAAGGGCUGGACCCAGAGCGUCUAAAAGCUUUUAAUAUGUUUGUGCGUCUCUUUGUGGAUGAAAAUCUUGACCGAAUGGUUCCAAUUUCCAAGCAACCAAAGGAGAAGAUUCAGGCGAUUAUUGAGUCCUGCAGUCGCCAGUUUCCAGAAUUACAGGAGCGUGCCAGGAAACGUAUCAGAACGUACCUGAAAUCCUGCCGGCGUAUGAAGAAGAAUGGCAUGGAGAUGGCCAGACCUACACCCCCUCAUCUGACUUCCGCUAUGGCUGAGAAUAUUCUGGCGGCUGCCUGUGAGAGUGAAUCCCGAAAAGCAGCUAAAAGAAUGAGACUGGAGAUUUACCAGGCUCCUCAGGAUGAUAUUUCUAUGGAGAAACCCACUGGACUGACACAAUCCUCAUAUUCGCUACCUUCAGGCACUUACAGUCAGGACCCUGUGUACAUGAAUGGGAGUCUACACUAUUCUUAUCGUGGAUAUGGAGUUGCCCCCACCUCACUGCCCAGUGGAAAUCACUGCAACGGUCCCACUGAUCUCAGUAUGAAAGGCCUGGCUUCGGGUAGCACCCACCCUUCUGCUACUAACAGGGCGAUGCCAUGUGCCCAACUCAGUCCGACUGAGAUUGGUGCUGUGAGGCAGCUGAUUGCCGGAUACCGAGAAUCUGCAGCUUUCCUCUUGCGCUCUGCAGAUGAACUGGAGAACUUGAUAUUGCAGCAGAAUUGACUAGCGCUCCUUCCUGACCUCAACCUCCAUUUGUCGUUGUAAGGCUGGUGAGCGGCCAAGAUGUCUCUUCACCUUUGUGUGCCAGCCACUGACCCUUACAGCAGUCUCAGAGCAGGAGCUGUGCUGUCUAAUUUACAGGGAAGUCUCGGGCCCCUGUCUGCACUAAUAGAUUUCCCUUUGCACCCUAAUGUUAGAUUCUGCCCUGCCGAUGGCAGAACUCACCUAUUUAUUGAGAAGAAAAUUUCUCCUUUUAGUAAUUUAUUUUUCUGACAAUGUUUUAUGUGUGUACAGAAUAGCGGUUUGUAUUUGUUCUCUGAUUUGUAGCAUUGACCCGUCAUUCCGUCCCACUCCAGCACUGGAUCAGUUUGCCAUGUCCCGGGUGCCAUUUCUUCCUGUGCUCAGGUUCUGCUGGGGAUGAGUAGGUACUCGGGGACCCGUGGGGGCUGAGUCACAUUCCGUACACUAAUGUUGGCUAACUGCUGCUAUAAUUCACCUUUCAGGUAAUCUCAGCUCUCCCCAGACACGUUGAACUACAACCUCUCCUGCUUGGUACCCUUUCACCAAUUUUGCACACAGAUUUGCAAAUGGAAUUUUUUGCUUUCCUCAACUCAGGCAGAUCCCAUCUUCAUUCAUUGGGCUUGUGCUUGCUCCGCUUACAGGUGUGAAAGCAACCAGGUCUCUACCACUGAAUCUUCCUGUGUGCGUCCAUCCCAUUUCAUUGUGUCUGUAGACCAUUCCAUGGGACUUGUUCAUGUUCAUACACUAGGCACUUAUGAUGCAUUUUCUACAAUAUGUUUUGUAAGCUUUAACCACUCCAUUGUGUCCUGUUCUGCAUGUUCCCCACCUGAAGAAGGGGCCCAAAGAGCCACAGGCAGACCUUCAAUGCAUCAGCCAAAACUACCUUCUUUGCAUAGACUGCUUUUCUGAUAAUAUGAAUAUGUCCUGCUCUCUGUGGGACAUGAUAUAGGGGUAUUUCCUGGUGUUAUCCAUGUAGCUGUGGUUUCUCCCAGUCAGUCAGGCCAAGUACUGGAUUGAACUGGUUACGGGUAUAGUCUCAUUGCCUUAGGCUGAGCUUUGUCUGUAUUACACAAUAAUAUUACUGAGCACUUUUCUUCCAUUCAUUUCCAUGGUGGUGAAUAGAGGGGCAAAAAUACACAUAGCAGAUAAGUGUAAAUAUAAUGGGGGCAGUGAUAUUUCAUGCAUAUUGAUUCAAUGAAAGCUAAAAAUGGGCCAUAUACCUUUAGAAGAUGGUUGUCCUUCUUGGGUUUCCUUCCAUCCCUUCCCUUCCUCAACAAAAAAGUGAAAUACAUUGCUUUGUGUGGGAAUAGAUAUUGACUGCUCUGUAAACUGGGCUGCAAAUAGAAACAACCCAAAUGCCCCAGUUGGUAUUGGGUCACUGGACAAUGAGCCUUGUGUCAUUUGUUUCCUGUUUGUGGUUCAGCUUCCUGUUUACAUGUACAGAACAGGGGGGGGGGGAUUCUCUGCUUAUUAAAGCCACAGCGCCUGCAAUUGUUUCCAUCAGCUCAGGUAAAACACAUGCACAGCAACUAGCAGGGACAACCCAUGUCCAUAUAAUCAAAUUCCACCCAGACAUUCCAGAGCUUUUCCACUGCAGGCCCCACUGUGAGACAGACUCUACUGGUCAGAACAAGAGACACAGGCUACCUCCUCUGCAUAUUUUGUGCCGGUCUAUUAUUCAACCCCAUGUACCCCCCCCCCCGUGUCUGCGUCCUAACCGGUCGCACUGCACUUGAAAGCCACUUCUUUGGAGGCCCCCUGCUCCAGACUUCCUAAGGCAAAACUAGCCACACUUGGCUCAUGUGAGCAGUUAAGACAUCGAUAUAUAAAUAUAUAUAUAUAUAAUAUAUAAAAUCUAUUUAUUGUUUUGUGCUUUCUUUUCUAUUAACUGUGCUUUAAUUAUUUUCAUUUGUUGGAUGUUUUUGUCAGCUGAUGUGAUGUGUAAAGUGACAGUCUUAUCCCAUACGCUGAGACCUACGAGCUGUCUCGUAUACAGUAACCCAAGGUAUUAAUUGCUUAAUGCACUGAUUGGCCACAAAGUGGAACCCACCCUUUUUAAAAUGUGUCAUAUGUAAGGCUAAGGAAUAAAUAAAAACUGCUUCAAGAA